UGUCACUGUCUGGAGUCCAAAUAGAGAAAGUAAGAGCCCCAUGAAGAGGGAGUAGUUGUUCGGUGAUGGACUCGGGGACAUUGUGAGACGGACAGAAACGACAGGUUACAGGAGCUGCCAGGUUGUAUUGUAGUAUGGACAAAGACGGAAAUGUCGACAGUUGUAGUAUGUACCCGCUUAUACUGCCCAGCAGCAGUGAUAUCCGUGCGCGAGUGCAGCAGUUUGUGGAGGAGAAGAUGCAGACGACCAUGCUGACUGGUGUUUUGAUCGGAGCAGCGGUGGCUGUGUCUCUCAUCGGCAUCACUGUGCUCUUCCUCUACAGGAGAUACAAACUGGCUGGAGGGCAGCAGGCCGGUGUUCCUCGAUACCGCUUCAGGAAACGAGACAAGGUGCUCUUCUAUGGCAGGAAGAUCAUGAGAAAGGUGCAGACCCUCUCCUCCACACCUUCAUCCGGCUCAUUGUCUCGGCAACGGACCCGCAAGAGACCCAAAGUCCUGAGCAUAGCUCGCAAGAUCUUGCGAAUUCGAAAGGAGCCCCCUGCCCUACAGCCCAAGGAGCCCCCGCCAUCAUUGCUGGAGGCCGACCUGACCGAGUUUGAUGUGCAGAACUCGCACCUCCCCUCAGAGGUGCUCUAUAUGCUGAAGAAUGUCAGGGUGUUGGGCCACUUUGAGAAGCCCCUCUUCCUGGAGUUAUGUCGCCACAUGGUGUUUGUAGAGCUGCAAGAGGGUGAGGGCCUCUUCCGCCCGGGUGACAGGGAUGACAGCAUCUAUGUGGUGCAGGAUGGCCGACUCGAGCUCUGCGUCCAUGAGAGUGAUGGCACAGAUGCUGUGGUAAAGGAGGUGUUGGCAGGAGACAGUGUGCACAGUCUGCUCAGCAUCCUGGAUUUCAUCACUGGCUACCCAGCGCCUUACAAGACCGUGUCGGCGCGGGCUGCGUCCCGGUCCACUGUACUGCGCCUGCCGGCAUCUGCAUUCCAGUCUGUCUUUGAGAAGUACCCUGAGACACUGGUUCGAGUGAUCCAGAUCAUUAUGGUGCGCCUGCAAAGAGUGACAUUCUUGGCUCUACACAACUACCUUGGUCUGACUACAGAGCUCUUCAGCCCGGAACGGCAGGCAGUGCCACUCACGUCAGUGGCAAGCGUCAUCGCUGAAGGCAGCCCGGUUAGGACGACCCGCCGCUCGCAUUUCCAGUCUGCCACUGAUGAGGAAACCACCCCUGUUCCUGUUCUGGACCAUGUGGUGGAAGCAGAUGGCAGGAGACCCGUUGCGUCAGAGAGCUCCCCUGCCCCAGUGCGCAAGGCUCGCUCCGUCUCGAUGCCUGUGGACUGUUCUGGGGGUGCCGGGAAUGAUCUGAACAUGGCAUACGAGCGAGCUCGAGUCACCGUAGAUGACCGUCCGUCCAGUCCGAUCAUUCAGAAGUCUAUCCUGAAGAAGAGUGUAACCAUGCAGGAUGCCCCCUCUGCUAUAUUCCACUAUACAGACAGCAGUGAACGCUCUGACCAUGUCCAACCCAACAAGGUCAAUGCCAUUUUCCAGGCUGCCAAACGAGACCUGCUGGGACUUAUCCCACUGCAGGACCCCAGUUUGCUGGAGGGCAGGGUGACGCUGCACCAGGUGAAAGCAGGCUCUGUGGUGGCCCGGCAGGGAGACCAGGAUGUCAGUGUGCAGUUUGUGAUCUCGGGCCUACUGCAUGUCUAUCAGCGCAUGAUUGACCGUGAGGAGGACACGUGUCUGUUCGUAACUCACCCAGGGGAGUUGGUGGGCCAACUGGCCGUCCUCACUGGGGAGCCACUCAUCUUCACUGUCCGUGCACACCGCGACUGCAGCUUCCUAUCCAUCUCCAAGACACACUUCUAUGAGAUCAUGCGGGCGGAGCCCAGUGUGGUUCUAAAUGUGGCCCGAACAGUGGUGCGCAGGAUGUCCCCCUUUGUCCGACAGAUCGAUUUUGCGCUGGACUGGAUGGCUGUGGAGGCCGGGCGAGCUGUGUACAGGCAGGGUGACAAGUCGGACAGUACCUUCAUCGUCCUCAGUGGCCGUUUGCGUUCUGUCAUUCUGAAGGAGGAUGGCAAGAAGGAGCUGAACGCGGAGUAUGGCCGUGGGGACCUCAUUGGGGUGGUGGAGGCGUUGACCCACCAGAACAGGGCCACGACUGUUCACGCAAUCCGAGACUCAGAGUUGGCCAAACUGCCAGAGGGGGCACUGAGCUCCAUCAAGAGGAGGUACCCACAGGUGGUCACACGUUUGAUUCAUCUCCUUGGACAGAAGAUCCUGCAGCAGGUCAACGGACCGCUGACAGCCCGCAGCCUGGCCCUCCACACUCCAGGCAGCAAGUGGGAUGCAGGGAACCCGGCCUCCAAUCUGUCCACGGUCUCCAUCCUGCCCGUGUCAGAGGAGGUGCCCCUAACUGCCUUCACCCUGGAGCUGCAGCACGCUCUCAGCCCCAUUGGCCCCACCCUGCUCCUCACCAGCGACAUCAUCAAACAACGGCUAGGGUCUGCAGCCCUGGACAGUGUGCACGAGUACCGCCUGUCGAGCUGGCUGGGCCAGCAGGAGGACAUUCACCGCAUCGUGCUGUACCAAUCGGACAGCUCGCUCACGCCCUGGACCCAGCGCUGCAUACGGCAAGCUGACUGCAUCAUCAUCGUGGGCCUGGGGGAACAGGAACCUGUCGUGGGGGAGCUGGAGCGCAUGCUGGAGGGCAGUGCAGUAAGGGCCCAGAAGCAGCUGGUCCUGCUGCACCGUGAGGAUGGGCUGCCCCCCCAGCGCACAGCGGAGUGGCUCAAUAUGCGUAGCUGGAUUUCCAGACACCUGCACCUGUCCUGCCCCCGUCGCGUUUUCUCUAAGAGGAGUCUACCCAAACUGAGAGAGAUGUACCAGCGGGUCUUCCAGAAACCCCCCGAUCGUCAUUCAGACUUCUCCCGCCUGGCACGGGUUCUGACGGGAAAUGCCAUCGCCCUGGUGCUGGGUGGCGGCGGUGCCAGGGGCUGCUGUCAAGUGGGGAUACUUAGGGCGCUGAACGAAGCAGGAAUUCCUGUGGAUUUGAUUGGUGGCACCUCCAUCGGAGCCCUGAUGGGAGCGCUGUAUGCAGAGGACAGGAGCUACAGUCGCAUGAGGAUCCGAGCCAGAGAGUGGGCUAUGGAAAUGACCUCAGUGUUUAAGAAAGUGCUGGAUCUAACGUACCCAGUCACUUCCAUGUUCUCUGGGGCGGCCUUCAACUCCGGCAUCAGCAACGUUUUUCAGAGCAAGCAGAUUGAGGACCUGUGGAUACCCUACUUCAACAUCACCACCGACAUCUCUGCCUCCACCAUGAGAGUGCACACUGAUGGCUCACUAUGGCGCUAUGUUCGUGCCAGCAUGUCUCUAUCAGGCUACCUGCCCCCACUCUGCGACCCCAAGGAUGGACAUCUGCUCAUGGAUGGGGGCUACAUCAACAACUUGCCAGCGGACGUUGCACGCUCCAUGGGUGCCAAGGUGGUGAUCGCCAUUGAUGUGGGGAGCCAGGACGAGACCCAUCUCACCAACUACGGUGAUUCGCUGUCAGGGUGGUGGCUGCUGUGGAAGCGCUUCAACCCGUUGGCUGAGAAAGUCAAGGUGUUGAACAUGGCAGAGAUCCAGACUCGUCUGGCCUACGUGUGCUGCGUGCGGCAGCUGGAGUCUGUAAAGAACAGCGACUACUGUGAAUACAUCCGGCCGCCCAUUGACCGCUACCGCACGUUGGAGUUCGGCAAGUUCGACGAGAUAGCCGAGGUGGGGUACCAGCAUGGGAAGACGGUGUUUGAUGUGUGGUGUCGCAGCGGCGUGGUGGAGAAGAUGCUGAAGGACAGACACCAGGAGGAGUUCCACAACACAAAAAGCGACAACGUGGUGACGUGUCCCAAUGCCUCCUUCACGGACCUGGCAGAGAUCGUGUCCAGAAUUGAGCCGGUCAAGCAGGCGCACGUGGACGAGGAAUCCGAUUACCAGACUGACUACGAGGAAGAAGCUGUAGAAAGCGCCCUCUCUGACAUCGAGCUGUCCAAUUACUGCAGUGAACACACUGAGGGGGAAGAGACCAUAGACUCGGAUGAUGACGUUGAAGUGAGACACAGGCGGAGGCCUCCCAAAUCCACAAGGACUGCUCUCCCAUGAUUUCCUCCAGCUGCCCUCCCCUGUCAUGUCCCCGAUGUCUAGACGCUUCACUGUGGGAGCCCCCAUUUUCUCAGCGAGGCCUGUGCCUUCCUUUACAGUUCAGCAGUGAUGCGUUCGGCUUGCCGUCUCCACCGUGAAACCUUUCUUUUCACUAACUGUUCUAUUUUGGUUGAGAUGGAAGGAAGAAAAAGACAUUUGCGUGAUAAACUUGGAAUAACUUGUUGUCCAACUUGAUGGAGCCAUUUGGUUACACGUGAGCGUUACCCUGCCUUUAAAACACCGUGUCACAUUUGCGCACACCCACGCGGUCUGACUGUUCUCGACACAAACACUCAUCGAGGCACUUUGCACCAGUCUGCUGCUUGAAUGUUCAUUACCCUUGUAUGUCUCUUUCCAUUUUAUUUGACAUUGAGCACACUGGCUUUGGCUUAAUUUUCCUGCAAAAUCUUUCCUUCCAUUUUCUCUCUUAUAAUGCCUAUCAAUGCAAGACCUUUUACAUGUGUAUGUUUUUGUAAAGAGACUGCUGCUUUCUCAAGCUAGCGAGGGCUCUUAAUAGUUCUAAUGCUACUACUUGAUUUAUUCACGACACAGGGUCCGGUUGAUCUUUAGUUGAAUCCACUGUGUUUAUUGGACCCUGUAUAACUGACAUUCCAACUGCCGAUGCCUUUCUAGAUGACAACGUUCAAUCAUUCGUUCAUAUUCUUGGAACAGUGUCUGUAUGACAGCGCCAUUGAUUGAUUGUUUAGAAUCCAAUUUUUAUGACUGCAGCUGACUGCAGAAUCGCUGUCAAUUUGUGGUUUUUCUGGUGCCGUUAACUUUGUGCUAUCCAAGUUUGUGUUAAACCAGCAGUGACUGAACUGGACACUCCUCAUGGAAAGCGGUACUGCAGAAAAAGCGGUAAUCAGUUGCUGUUUGGUCGAUUAUAACAUUUCAUUUUAAAAGCAGGAAGUAUGAUUGAUUAUCCUUUGCUACAUGUAAAAAGUGAACAUGCACAAAAAAUGCAAUCAAACAAUAGCAUCAUACAAUUAUUACAGUGUUACCUCAUGUAAGGAGUGGUUGCAAAUGAAUGUUUCAGGUAGUAGAGAAUUUGUCACCAGUAUGAAGUGGCUCAUGUGUUAAGUAAGCUAAUAUCACAAAUACUAAUGACUAAUAAAUUGUACUUCUUUCUUUAAAUAUUUGUAGUAUUGCUGGUGUAUAAAGUUGAAUUAAACAUCUAUUUGAA